ACCAUUCGUUCCACCUUCUUUCACUCCACCCCAACUAAUCGUCUGCAGUAUCCCAAGGAGCGGCUUGAAAGCAUCGCUGCCUGAGUUGCACCUCCCAUUGUUUCUCACAAAGACAUGCUUGAAUUCCGGUAAACCUUUGUCAAGCACACGACCGCUUCCGGCACACCGACCAUGUCUCUCAACCUUGAGAAGCAGAUGCGUUUUUAUGGCGCAUAUCACCAUAAUACAGUUAACGUUGGCAUACACAUCGUCUGUGUACCGGCCAUCCUUGUAACCUUCAUAACCCUCUUCACCAAUACCCCUUCGGUUCCGCUGCCCACCUGGCUGUCGGUCCCUCACCUCCCCCUCAAUGUCGGCACUUUCGGCGCUGUGUUAUACUCCACUUUGUACAUUUUGAUGGAGCCAGUGGCUGGUACUAUACUUCUCCCAAUUCUCCUCGGGAGCGCGGCUUACGGCAAUUACCUGACAUCCACAUACGGAGCGACAGCGAAUUACUGGGCGGGUGGAAUAAACGUGAUCAGCUGGAUUGCACAGUUCGUCGGACAUGGUAUUUUCGAGGGUCGUGCGCCAGCGCUUCUCGACAAUCUAGUCCAGGCCUUGUUCCUUGCUCCUUUCUUCGUCUGGUUCGAGAUCCUCUUUUCUCUCGGAUACCGCCCGGAUCUCAAGAAACGACUGGAGAAGGCAGUGGCGGAGGACGUGCAGAAGUUUCAGGAUAAAAAGGAGAACUGA